CCGGAAGUGAAAAUGGAGCAUUCAGAAUCUCCAUAAUGAGAUGCGGUUUGACGAUCCAACACUAAAACCUGUCUUUUAUUCUUCGGGACCAUGUAGAAACCACUUGUUAGACUUCAGGUAUACGUAGUGCGUAUCUUUUUAGGAAAUGGCCACCUCUGUGGUCUUGGUGGUCGCGAUUUUAACAGCGACUUCAACGGUCGAGGCGUCCGGGGAUGUGUCUUCGGGGGCCAGAUCGACCAGGGUCCGAAGACAAACCGGAGAGCUACGGCAAGAAAUACCCGCUCAGUUCAACCAAAUCUACCAGGGAUCCGUGUUCAACGGCACGGAGGAUAUCUACCGGUAUUCCUACAUGCAAAAUGAGUCGUCCCCACGUGCCAUCCGUGUGGAGGUGAAGAGCCAAGGAGCGUCGGAGGACUACCCUCUGCUGUUCGUGGUGCGACAACAGCGGGGCAUCCUGUCGUGGCAGGUGCCCCUCAUGAUCAGAGGCAUCUAUGGAUACGACAAGGUGAGCCGUACGCUGUGUCCCAUGGACCACCUGCAGACUGGUGUGAAGGACGAGAGGGAAACCGUGUACCUGGAAGUGUCGGCUGCAUCGCCUGCCGCACUUAACUACCGCGUCAACGCAACCAUUCUCACUGACUUCAGCUUGAGCACCGGACAAUCCAGAAAUUUUCUAGUAUCACCUUCCCAACCACAGUAUUAUGCAUAUAAGAUGCCCCCAGACCUGGACAUGGUGGUGGUGAAAGUUUCCUCACCGAGCAACCUGUGUGCUGUGUUCUCUCUUCAGCCAAUCAAGUGCCCAGUGUAUGACUUGGACCGAAACAUUGAGUUUGUGGGAAUCUACCAGACUUUUAUGAAGAAGGCUGCCAUCACGGUACAGAAGAGUUAUUUCCCCAAUGGAGAGUUCUAUGUGGUUGUGGUGGUAAAGGCUACGGAUUCUGACUGCACUGGUGAGAUGGAGACCAUACAGCCUGCAAAUCCUUCUGAUGAAGCAUUCGAGAUGCGGCGUGUGAAAGAAGUUACUGUCGUGGUGGGGCCAUCUAUCACAGAUUCCCAGUACGUGACAGCAGUGUUUGUGGGGAUCCUGGUGUUUGUGCUGUUCUAUGUCGUCACCUUCAUGGUGCUCUUUAUCCAAUGGAUCAGACAAAGGAAUGCAGAGCUGGAAGGAUUGGCACCAAGACCUGAGGAACAAGGUGGUUUCCAGAUCACUCAGCCAGCAACCAAUGCUGAGGCUCCCAUCAAUGCCCAGAGAACAGAACCCAACUAUGGAGCCACUGGUUGGGACAGGGUAAAAAUGCCAUCAGUGCUGGACUCUGCUUUCACAGAUGGACUGAGUCUUAACCACAUAACCAUUCUGGGCAAAAAGUUGUCCAAAAAUACCUCACCCAGCACAGAGAAAGAGGCAAACAUCUCGACUAAUAAACCAACGACUGACCCCUACUCCAUGGGAGAGCAGCCCAUCGAGACAAAACCUGGCAUCCCCCCGACCGACCAACCCAACGGUCCCCCCAUGCCCACCAACCCCCCUCCUCCCCGCCCGGCCCAGUCCAAGUCCUACCCCAAACCCCCCAUGGUUCACACCCUGUCAGACAGCUCCAUGGAGGAUGACAUUGACAUGCUGGAUGAUGCAGAUGAGGAUAAGGACAUCUACAGAACCAAGACCUUCCUGUAUGUUGCAGACCUUGCUAGAAAAGACCACCGCCACCUGAGUCAGAAGUACAACCUAUACAGCUGGAACCUGCUGACCAUCUCAGUGUUCUACGCUCUACCUGUCAUACAACUGGUGAUCACCUACCAGAAGAUGCUGAACACCACUGGCAAUGAGGACAUUUGUUACUACAACUUUUUCUGUGCGCAGCCUGCUGGGGACCUCACUGCUUUCAACAACGUGUACAGCAACAUUGGCUACAUCAUGCUUGGUGUCCUCAUUCUUAUCCUUGUCUACCGUAGGGACUACACUCAUCAGAAGAAGGUGGAUGCAGGGGACAGAUAUGCCAUUGAUUAUGGCAUCCCCAAACACUUUGGUCUCUUCUAUGCUAUCGGCAUUGCUCUAGUGAUGGAAGGGGUAAUGAGUGGAUGCUAUCACGUCUGUCCAAACUACUCCAACUUCCAGUUUGACACUUCCUUCAUGUACAUCAUUGGGGGACUGGGCAUGCUGAAGCUCUACCAGACACGACAUCCUGACAUCAACGCCAAUGCCUACGCAGCGUAUGCCAGCUUGGCCAUCGUUAUCUUUGUCGCUGUGAUUGGAGUGGUGUUUGGCACUCCUUACUUCUGGGCCAUCUUCACUGUUGUCUAUGUGCUGGCUAUCCUGGCCCUUACUGCACAGGUGUACUACAUGGGCAGGUGGAGACUAGACAUGGGGAUUUUCCAUCGCAUGUACCUCCUGAUCAGAACAGAUUGUUUGCAGUGUUCCAAACCGAUGUACUGGGAUCGUUUUGUGCUACUUCUUGUUGGAAACAUCAUCAACUGGUCGCUAGCAUUGUUUGGUGCGGUCGGCCAGCCGGAUGACUUUGCCUCGUUCAUGUUGGCCAUCUUCAUCAUUAACUUCCUACUCUACUUUGUAUUCUACAUCGUGAUGAAGCUGCGGAGUGGAGAGCGGAUUCUGUGGGUGACUGUGGGGCUGAUCAUCAUCACACUGAUCUGCUGGACACUGGCACUGUCAUUCUUCUUCAAGGGAGUCACUACAUGGGAGAAAACGCCUGCCCAGUCUCGACUGGACAACAAGGCCUGUGUGCUGAUGGGUUUCUAUGACGACCAUGACAUCUGGCACUUCAUGUCUGCCAUCAGCAUGUUCUGCUCAUUCCUGGUUCUACUGAUGUUGGAUGAUGAUCUAGACUACACCCCAAGAGACAAGAUUCCCGUCUUCUGAACACCGUCUGUCCUGAGAGGAGGUAUCAUGUACUUUAGAUGUAAUACCAAGAGGAACCAGCAGGUGGCAUCGCUACUCAAGAAGAUGACAAUGUGGUCAUCACGAAGAUGAUAAGCUACAGUUGUAGUGUAUUAGUACUAUUACUAUGUUAAGAUUAAAACUACACAAGACCACUGAGCUCAAGGGUAGUAUAGAAUUAGAACUUUUGGUCCACACCUUUUCAGCACUGUCGUCAUAAUGUGUGCAAAUUGUCUCGGAAAUUUUGAGCUUGUAUAAAAGUCAUACACCUUUUGCAUGGUGAACUAUCAAAAUAUGCAAAGCAUUAAAUGGACUUAAAAUACACUCUACAUAUAUUACCUUAUGAUCCCCUCCCCCCAAAGUUUUGCACAAGAAAAAUAUACAAACAUCGAUUAAGAGGUAGAUAUUUGGCAAAUAAUAAAACCAACUGUGCAACUUUUAACACCUUUGAGCAACUUUGAUACUCAGUUAGUUGUCUUCUAGCUUGACAAAUUCACCCCGUAGCUUUAGAAAGAUUUCUAGAACCACAAGAUUGCCUAUCCUACUACCCUCAACUUGGUUAAUAAUAAUAUGGAACUGAACAAACUGACAGCAUUUUUAAGCAAAGUCCCUGUCCAUGCAAUAAUGCUGAUACUACCACAUUUUUGUACAGUGCUUGGUUGAUGCAGAAACAAGAAUACUGUGUGCCAUUGCACUUUGCAUUGUAUCACCAUUUUGUAGCACCCUACAUGGAUAAAUUUACCUUGACAUAGUAAGAAACAUGAGAUAUUGACUCAUUCUUAAGUUUAGAGAAAUUUUGCCUCCCAUGUUUUGAGAACUUUGGGGGGAAGACACUAUCUCACACACACACACACAAAAAACAAUAUUGUGAGUGAUAUAAACUUUACCCUACUGCAAUCCAAGCCUUUCCUAGCACUGUAUCAAGAUAGUCUAUUUCCCUAUUAAGCAAUGCAAUACUUUUAGCUAUGCACCCCAGAUCUAGAGUCACAAAAUUGCCAAUGGAGCUGAAACAUUUUGGGGAAAACAGCUAACUACACCCCUUGAUUUCGAUAUCCAUUUUGAACACCUGGUUAGGACCUAAAAAAUUGUAUGGCUAGAUAGAGAAAAAAGUGCGUGGCUCAAUAGGGGAAAUAUGAGGUAACUUUACGACUCUACUGUAUACAAUAUGAGGGUAAGAAAGGGGUUGGGGGAAUUUUAGCUGAUAAGUUGUGUCAUUCCAACAAAAAGAUAGCCCUUAGCAAGAAUUUUACUGGUACAUGUAGUAGUAGGUAAGAAAAUAGGUAAGGAUGUUGAUUUCAAACAGAGUGAGUAACUAAUAACUUAUCAAUGUAUUUGUGUACAGUUUCUAUACAUACAAGCUGGAUGGUACAGUAUAGCAUGCUUUAAUAGCAUAUAGACAAAACUUUAAUGUACAAAUAGAUGCCACAUUGUUUUUGUUUUGUGACACUCAACAAAACCAAGCAAUGCGAAAGAAGAAGCUUGUUUCAAAAGUGUUUUGCUAUGGUCAUAUAGUCAAGAUGAAUUUCUUCAGAAAUGUCGUAGAAAUAGGUAACAGCGUUUCUGAUAUUGUUGACGAAGUUAACAACAAUUACUGAUACUUAUUCUACAAGGAGAUACAAUUUGGGGUGUAGAAGUAGCAAAGAUAACAUGCUCAUAGCAGAUGUUGGAUUAAGUAUUCAUGUGAGUUUUUACGAAAUACAUACAUGUAGGAAUGUUACGAAAUAUAUGUAGUCCGCUACUAUGGAACAUAUGAAUUUACGGAAAUCAUACGAAUUUUAUUGAACUCACACAGGUUUGAUUAUGAUCCUUAAUAAUUUGUAGGACUAGGCUCUUUUCAACAAAUUAGUAAGGAGUGUAUGCAGUCCAUGCAAUUUGUUUGAAUUCUGUAAAAUUUGUAUGUUUCUUAGUAAUGGAUCGUAAGAAUUGCUUGAAGUUAUUAUAUUCCUCAGUAGCAGAUAAUUUGUACAUGUGUAUGAAUUCUGUAAAAUUGGUAUGAAUUCCGUAAAACUAGUACAAGUACUUCCAAUAGACAACCCUGAACGUUCUGUCAUUUUUCAGUGGCAAACAUAAGGAAUAGCACACUUGUAACUACCCAGGAAUUCACAGUCCUGUAAGCUAUGAAGUUAAGCAUGUGCUUGUACUAUGUGUACAUUUCUGCAAUGUUCCCAAAAGACUUUCAAUAAGAGUUUACGGUUCUCUUAGGUCAUUCUUGGCGCGAAAGUCUCACAGAAGAAAUCCACAGUGCAAUCAAAAGAAUCUAUUUCAACUAAGAACAAAAAAAAGAUAUAACAUUUCAAGAGAUUUAACGGACAAUGUAUGUUGCAACGAAGACAAUGAUACGAUGAUAGCAUUUUAGAUGAUAUAUUAAAUCACUGUCGUGUAAUGAGAGAUAAUCAGGAUACGUACAGAAUAGUGCACAUGCUUGUUUAAGGCUUUUGAAGGGCUUAUUUGUCUAUGUUAUCUGUUACAAAGGUCUUUGCUGCUACAAUUGCGUGAUUACGUCUGUGGAAAGUGUGGUGAAAGUGUGAGUUGUAAUGUUAUGCGAGUUUAAAGGUGGAAAAACGAUACGUGGAAACAGUGGAUGUAAAUUUUCUUCUCUGUAUCAUAUUAUGAGUAACACAAGGGAAAUAUAUAAUGAUAUAUUAUAGAUGUUGUUGUUACAUAUAAUGUUACUUCUGGAACAUUGCAUGUAGUAGGAGAUAUCAGUGUGUUGUAUCCCAGGUAAAAAAGGUAAUUUCUUUAGUUGUACAAUUUGCACUUAAUUCCAACACAAAGGACACAAUCCCCAUGCAUUUUCAAUUGAUCACUACUCAAGUCAGUGCUGAUUCACUGCACUGACUUUCUGGAAACUAGAAGCAUGAUGAUGUCAUAAGUGAAUCAAAUGUGAUAGAAAUUUACUCCUAAUGUCAUCAUGCUUCCGGAUUUUGGAAAGUUGGCACAGCGAAUCAGAUAUCUGAUGAAGGUCGUCGAGAUCUUUGUUUUUAUGUUGGAACAAAACUGAAAUUGUACAACUAUGGAUUCUACCAAUGCAGUUGAGCUUUCAUUCGAAGGUAGCUUCUUUUUUUUUCAGAUUAUACUUACUUUUGUGUGUUACAUCAUGUAUCUAAGGGUUGAGUGCAAUGUUAGCUUUCAUGAUAUGUAUUCCUAAAAGAAUAUAUUGUCUGGAACUGUGGAUGUUUAUAUUUCGAAAUAUUUCUUUUGUACAUUGUACUCUGGCUAUCUCUUCAGCACUUUUUGAUGCACACAUUUGUAUAUGAAUACUGUAUUUCUUUAGUGUGCCGUUCUUUCAUGGGUUUGGGUAGAUAGUAUGUGUUUUCCAUUAUCAAUUGCUAUCAUGUGGAUGAAGGAUGUUGUGUGAGGGACAGAAGUAUUAUUAAAAGGGUUGUCCCAGUAAACUAUAAAUGUUUCAAUGUCAAACUUAUUCCGGGAUAAGAUCAAGGUUAAAGUAUGUACUCUAGCUUUUGUUGAAAACUUGUGAGUUAGAAGUUGCUGUCUUUACUGUAACACUAAUUCACCUUUCUCCGAGGGGUAACUUAUAUCUGUUACUUUUAUUGUAUUUAUGGUAUUUAGGGAUGUCAAGUCGACAGACAGUGGUUGCAAACUGCAGUAAAUGGAAAGAAUUGUAAUUUGAAGCCACCGUCUGCCAAAUUGAUAUCAGUAAAUACCCCUCUUUGAAAAGCAACGGAUAAAGGUUACCCCACGGAUAAAGGUCAAGUAGCGUAAUGUUUGGGGAAAAUUUUGAGAUACGUUGUAAGGUUGUUCUCCAAUUUGCCGACCCCAUACCACCGCCAAUGCUCUGUUGAACUGUUGUGUCCUUUGGAAAGGACGAAUUUUUUAUUGUGUCAUACAUUACUGUAUGGAGGUUUUGGAUAGUGGUAUGAAGUCUUAGUGUAAACUUUUCUGCUGCAAGAAUAAAAUGCAUGGAAAGCCUUCCAUCACA